AUGGGGUUGUCCGUCAUUGAGGAGCAGCACAAUGCUAUCCUACAGGAAAUCAAGAAUAUCACCCAGAACGACUGGAAAUGUUUGAUAGUGGAUGAGAACUCCAAGAAGAUUGUAGACAAUGCUGUCAAAGCGGAUGACAUCCUCAACUGCAAUAUUGCGACUAUCGAGCGCAUCGAGGACCGUCGAGAGCCCAAUCCUGAGAUGGAUGCCAUCUACCUUCUCAGUCCCGAACCACACAUUGUCGACUGCCUCCUGGCUGACUUCGAGCGCCGGCGCUACCGAAGAGGAUACCUGGUCUGGACGAAUCUGCUAGAGCCGGGGCUACGAAGACGCCUCGAUGAUUUCCCCGGCAUCCGCCAGCUGCGCGUGAGCUCUCGAACGCUCUUUAUCGACUUUUACCCGCGAGAAACUCACCUUGUGACGUUCCGCGAUCCGUGGAGCUUCCCAAUGCUAUACCACCCGUCAUGCAAUGCUCUAGUGCCCAAGCACAUGCAGCUUCUUGCGCAAAGGAUUGCAGGAAUUUGCAUUACCCUGGGGGAGUAUCCAAAGGUAAGAUACUACCGACCAAAAAAUGCUUUCCACGAGGCUUCCGUGCUAUGCACACACCUGGCGAGAUUCGUACAAGAAGAAUUAGACGGCUAUGCCCAAUGGGACUCCAACUUUCCGCCUCCAUCUACCAGACCGCAGUCAACGCUGCUCAUUACGGACCGAUCAAUGGAUCUCAUGGCACCACUAGUACACGAGUUCACCUACCAAGCUAUGGCCCACGAUCUGCUCCCUAUCAAAGAUGGCGAUAAGGUGACUUUCCACACGACAAUCAACGAAGGGACCCCAGAAGCCGAAGAGAAGGACAUGGAGUUGGCCGAGAAGGACAAAAUCUGGGUUGAAAACCGCCAUCGCCACAUGAAGGAUACCAUCGACAAGCUUAUGGGCGAUUUCCAAAAGUUUUUGCAACAAAACCCUCACUUUACAAAAGAAAACGCAGACACGACGAGUCUGAGUGCCAUUCGAGAUAUGAUGGCAGGUUUGCCUCAGUUUCAAGAGAUGAAACAGGCUUAUUCCCUGCAUCUUACCAUGGCACAAGAGUGCAUGAACAUAUUCCAACACCACAAACUUUCUGACACUGCGUCUGUUGAGCAGACCUUGGCCACGGGCUUGGACGAGGACUACAAGAAGCCGAAGAAUAUCCUGGAUUCCGUUGUGCGGCUGUUGGAUGAUGAUGCGGUAGCGUCUGGAGACCGGCUACGACUCGUUGCCAUGUACGCAUUAUACCGGGGCGGCAUGAUUUUGGACGACGUCAAAAAGUUGCUGGCACACUCAGCUCUACCACCUCAAGAUGUGGAAACCGUCAUCAACUUCGAGCACCUUGGUGGAAGAACCAUGAAACAACAGCUCAAAGACCCACAGCAGCCAAUCAUCCCCCUAUUUCCCGUCGACUCGAAGAAUGCGCAAAACGAAGACGAGUAUACUCUAUCGCGCUAUGAACCUGUUCUUAAACAAGUCUUGGAUGGAUUGACCAAAGGAUCUCUGGACCAGACUACAUUCCCCUAUGUCAAACCACCACUUGAUCCCAACGAAGAUCUUCUUGCAGCUCAAGCGGGAUCACUCCGUGCAGCUGGACGGCCGAACUGGGCAGCAGCUGGACGGCGGCCCCCUGAAAAUCGCCAGAGGCUGAUUGUGUUCAUGGCCGGUGGUGCAACAUAUAGCGAGAGUAGAGUAUGCUAUGAAAUUGGCAACGAACGAAGCCGAGACGUUAUCCUGGCGACUUCUCACAUGCUUACACCCCAACUCUUCCUUCGCCAAGUUGCAGACCUGAGUCGCGAUAAAAGGCAGCUGGAUCUUCCUGCCGAACGCAAGAAGCACGCACCCGCACAUCUUUUCGAGCGCCCGGCGCCACCACCUCAGGCUCAGCCGCCGCCAAGGCAGCCAAUGGCUGCCGGAGGACCUCGACCUGGCGGUCUUCCGAGCCAACCAAUGUCUCGUCCAGGUGGUCUUCCCAGCAGACCAGUCCCCAGCGGUACCGUUCCAACGCAGGCGAUGGCGAACAUGAGCAUCAGCAACCCGCCUGGACACAGGCCCACAACUUCAAGUAGCUCACAUGACGAUGGGAAGCUGCACAAGGAGAAGAAGAGGAGGAACUUCCUAGGCCUGAAGAAGUAG